AAUCAAGUUGCAGCGCGAGCGUGAGUCAGAUGGACGGAGACAGCAGCACCACGGAUACCACUCAGUUAGGAAUAACUGGAGAGUAUAUGGCCGGAGGGACAUAUGUCUUAGCCCAGGAAGAUGAUGGGGAUGAAAGUUUUAAUGACCAUGAUGAUGGAAAUGGCAGCAAAGACUUCUUCAGAGAGCAAGACAUUUACCUUCCUAUCGCUAAUGUCGCCCGCAUCAUGAAGAAUGCCGUCCCACAAACUGGAAAGAUCGCGAAGGAUGCGAAAGAGUGUGUGCAGGAGUGUGUGAGCGAGUUCAUCAGCUUCAUCACAUCCGAGGCCAGCGAGAGAUGCCACCAGGAGAAACGCAAGACCAUAAACGGAGAGGAUAUCCUGUUCGCCAUGUCCACUCUGGGUUUCGACAUGUAUGUGGAGCCGCUUAAACUCUACCUUCAGAAGUUUAGAGAGGCAAUGAAGGGCGAGAAAGGCAUCACUCCGGUUGCUGUUGGCGAAGGCCUUGGAGAAGAUCUUACAGAUGAGACUUUCACCGGUCAGUUGCCUGCGGGACUGAUCACUGCGGAUGGCCAGCAACAGAAUGUGAUGGUGUACACCACUUCAUACCAGCAGAUCCCUGGUGUUCAGCAGAUACAAUUCUCAUGACCGGAGCACAGGCCUGACUGUAUCUAGUGACCUGUCCAGCGUCCAGACAGACUUUAUCUCUUGCCUUGCAAAGUUUUCAGGUCAGUGCUGGAAGACCAACAAGAUGCCUGGUUACCAGAGCAGGAACAAAAAAGUGCCUGUUGCCAGGAAGAUGAUUUGAUCUUAAGUGAUGUCUUGUACUUCAUUCAGUAUUACAUUUAGGCCAGUUUGUUUCGCUUGGUCUGCUUUGUACAGGCUACACCAAAUUAUGUUGUUGUUUUUUUUUUUUGUGUGUGUAUGGGGGGGCGGGGGGAUUCCUUGUAUUUAAUAGUUUUUAAAGUUCGGGAUGGGGGAGUGGGAACACACAAAAAGGCCAUAUUGACGUUUUACAGUCCCAAAAUUAAGGUAGUUCUCAUUUGAUCUUAAUUAACUUCACCAUCUGAUAUUGUUAUGCUGAUUCUUUAAAUAAAAUUGUGAUGUCUUU